UCAAAACACACCAAUGGCAUUUCAGUCAUUUAACACAAAAAUGGACUCCCCAACUCCCCCCCCACUAACACAACCUCCUCCUCCCAAUUCAUUGCUGAAUCCCACCUUCUUUCAAUGAACUCAAAAGGGAUAGCCAUGGAAGAAAAUCCUUCCUCUAAGAAAGAAAAAGGAGGAGGGCUAUGGCAUGUUCUUGAGAUGGCAAAGAAGCACAAUCGGCUCGCCGUGAGGGGUUCAUCGAGCCUCCGGUGCCGGUUCAAUUCCCUCAUGGCCGUCAUCAUCAUCACAUUCGUCGUCGUCUUCUCCUUCACCUCCAUGAAAAAUGGUGAUGGAAGAGGCGGGUUUUGGCACGAUGCGGCGGCGGCGGUGUUUCCGACGGAAGCCGGGGAGUGUGAUCUCUUUGCAGGGAAUUGGGUGUUUGAUAACACGACUGGUCCUUUGUAUUCGGAGAGGUGCAAGUUCAUGUCUGAUCAGUCUGCGUGUGAGAAGUUUGGGAGGCAGAAUCUUAGGUAUCAGAACUGGAGAUGGAAGCCACAUGGCUGUGACAUUCCAAGCUUCAAUGCCACAAAACUUCUGGAGAGGUUGAGAGGAAAAAGACUAGCUUUUGUUGGUGACUCUCUAAAUAGGAACCAAUGGAUCUCCAUGAUUUGUCUUCUGGAUUCUGUUAUUCCUGAUCAUAUGAAAUCCAUGCAAGCAAAUGGAUCUCUCACCUCCUUCAAGGCCAAGGAGUACAAUGCAUCAAUAGAAUUCUAUUGGGCUCCAUUGUUGGUCGAGUCGAACUCUGAUGACCCAGUGCACCAUCGCAUACCCGACAGGAUCAUACGAGCUCAAUCCAUCGAAAAGCAUGCCAAGCACUGGAUGGGAGCUGAUAUUUUGGUCUUCAACUCUUAUCUUUGGUGGAGGAGAGUCACCAUGAAGGUCUUGUGGGGUUCUUUUGAUGAUAAGGAUGCAUUCUACAAAGAUAUUGAAAUUCUCAGAAGUUAUGAGAUGGCAUUGAGGACUUGGGCAGAGUGGCUUGAGUUCCAUGUGGAUCAUAUAAAGACCAAGCUCUUCUUUAUGAGCAUGUCACCUACUCAUUUCUGGGGUGAUGAGUGGGGAAUUAACAGCAGCCAAAAUUGUUAUAACGAAACUGAACCAAUCAGGAGAGAAGAUUACUGGGGAAGAGGAUCUGACAAGAGAAUGAUGCGAGUUGUCGAAUCAACAAUUUUUGGUUUGAAGGAAAGAGGUGUGAAAGUUCAGAUAAUCAACAUCACUCAGCUCUCAGAAUAUAGGAAAGAUGGCCACCCUUCUACUUACAGAAAGCAAUGGGAGCCUCUAACCAAAGAGCAGCUCGCAAAUCCUAGCAGUUAUGCUGACUGUAUUCAUUGGUGUUUACCUGGUGUACCUGAUGUGUGGAAUCAACUCUUGUACACCUACAUUCUUUUCAAAUAAUGCAAGUCUAAUCGUUUUUUUUUUUU